AUGGUGCGUGGCUCAGAUCCGCCAAGUGUCGCAGAGGACGAGCUGAAGCGCCCGGCGGCACGACCACCAAGAAGUCAGAGGCCUGCCUUAUUGGAGAUCAAAGACCAUCAGGUCCGGGUAGAAGAAGAUCUGCAAAAAGAAGCUUGGCAGGUUCUGCUCACGACAGAUCCUGAGAAGAUCUCUCGACAGGCUGCUCGGCGACUGCUUGGCUUUGCCGGGACCAGAGCUGUCCUUCCAGUGCACUUCUACAAUAGUGUUCUGGCAGCCAAUCGACAUGGUUUCGUCAAGGAGGCUAUGGAGCUGACCCUCCAGUUGUUGCGCAAGGACUCAGCGAAUCGCAGGAGUUUUUACGCCGAUUUGGUGUGGAAACGACAGACGCUGAUUCAGGCGAUGAAAGGAUUGAUAAUAACGCGGCCUGGCUCUUGGAGAAAGGUCUUGUCCUUGUUGGAAAAAGCAGGCCACUACACCAACCUUUGUGAUGCACACUGGGAUGAUGUCUAUCUCACGGCAGCUUUUGUUUCCCAGGAGUUGAAAUGGCGAAAGGCCACGGCUAUCCUGGAGGUGAUGGCCCAGAGACGCAGCCAUCAGGACCAUCAACGACUUUCAUUUGGUUUUCGCAUCGCUUCGGUGCGAUUGGCAGCAGUGGCUCGCUGGGACCUGGCUUUUGCCACUUGGCGUGCCCGACCCCAGGCGGCACGAGCUUUCAGAUCCCAGCUCUCAAGGGCGGAUGCCGAGGCAUCAGUGCUGAUCUCGACCAUUGAGGAGCGAAUGGACAGGUCUUCCAGUUGGUUUCUGGCAGUGGAGUUGAUCAGCGAAUUGCAGAGGCGGAGACUGGACUUUGCUGAGAGCUUGCGUUCUGCGCAGAAACUCUGCUCCAAGGCCUCACAAUGGGCUUCAGUUCUGGCUCUGCAAGGACUGGAGCCUUUGUCGGGGAGCCAGGACUUCCAGGAAAACAUGGAGGUCGAGCACUAUUACCUCAUCAAAGCAGCCUGCAGGUCGCGACAGUGGCAAGAGGCGCUGGCCUUGCUGACUGACCGGAUGCUGCCGACACAGCUUGACCAGGCGCUUCAAGAUGGCCAGUUGAUGGUGAAAGCGUACCAUCAGGUGAUCUUGGCCUGCAGCCGUUCUGGCCACUUUCAGAAGGCUUUGGAGGUCUUCCGACUCCAUCGGCUUCAGCAGGGCUGGUCGGACCCCUUCCUUGUCAACGCUUUGAUGUCGAUCCUUGUUGCAGAACGGAGGCGCUUGGCUGGCAUCGAUGGGAGUCAGGCUUUGAACGUUGUCAAGGAGAUGCAAGCGGCGCACCAAAAUCCUGAUUUGUUGACUUACAAGGCCCUACUGGAGCUGCUUGAGGGCUCUGGGUGCUCAAAGGAAGUGCCUGAGAUCUUCACGGCCGUGGAAGGUGAGCUAAGUCGCUUAGCACGCCCAGGAGCUGGCGCCGAACUUCGCCGAAGCCUGGAGGCAGCCCAGACGCAGACGGUGAGGCUUGAAGUAGAGAAGGCCUGGCAAAUCCUGGAGGAUUUGGAUGUGGAGACCUCCCAGCACUGGAGCAGGUGCUUCUUUGGGCCACUCUCGUGGCAAUUGCCGCAGAGGCAGGACCUGUCGUCAUUCACCUCCCGCUCACUUCUGAAUGAUCUCUCCCUACGCAGUGAUCGCAGUGAGGCCGCCACGGGCGCCAUGGGCCGUGAACGCCUGCGGAAGGAGCUGCGAGACGCCAGAGUCGUCGAUGAGGAAGACCCAGUCUGGUCCUGUCACGCAUGGAUACAGUUCCAGAUCUUCGUACCAGUCCCUCGAAAUCAGACAUCGGCUUCAAAACCAAAGUCGCGAGGUCGAAUCCUUCCCCUCGACCAGCCACCGGAGGGACGGUGGCUUUCCUGCCGCAGUCGAUGCAUUGGCAAUCGAAAGGCUGGAACCACGGUGUGCUCACAGGACUUGAAAGACUAUGGUCCGCCAGUGUCUGUCCGAAAUGCCUUGCUGCAGGUGAUUGCCAUGGCCCAACGACGGCAUUUCGGUGAGAUUUACAAGGGAGGGAAGGGUGAUUACGGAUGGAUCUGGUGUCCCGAGCUGGGGGAUGUGUUUUUCGCGCCGCGGCUUCUACCGCAUGACGAGUGGAACUGGGGUCAGAAGGUGUCCUUCGCCUUGGACUUCAAUAGGCGAGGCUUGCCAAAAGCUGUGAAGCUUGCUUUCGAGGACAGCGUGCCACCGCUGGUGCCCUCCGGUGUUGCACCGGUAUGA